GGCUAACGGUUAAAUUUUUGAAAAAAGUUUUCCCUAAAUUACGUUCUUAAACACACGCUUGGUUCGGUGUUUGAUGCGAAUGCUUGCAUGUAUAAACUCAUUAUAUAUGUUUGAAGUCCAUCGAUGGCGGUGUACGAGCUAUCGAAUUGCUAUCAAAUGGAUUUAGAGGAGGAAGAUUCCUUUGGAAGUGAAGAUGGAUACAGUUCAGAAGAUUCAGAAAACGAUCGAGAUUACAACAUUGUUGAAGAAACCCUUGGCAGGUUCUCAAAUCUCUCAGUCAAGAAGAAAUCUGAAACUCGGUUUGUUUCCGAUCCAAUAGACUCAGAUCCGAGGGAGAUCGUUGUGCCAGAACUCGAUAAAUCAGAUGAGAAAAUCUUUGAGCUAGUCCAAAAAAUCAUCGGAGAUGGUCAGCUUGAGAAGUUGAAAGUGGAGCAGUGUAAGGUUUACCUGAGGAAGAAUGGGUUGAGACUGACGGGGAAUAAAGAAACACUCAUUCAACGCAUUAAGGAGCAUUUUGAGAUUUUGAAUGGUGGAGGGGAGAAGAAGUACCCACGUUCUAGCUUUGUAUUGAAUUGUAAAGGUGAUGCAUGCACGGGGGAUGUUGUUAUGUUUGAACAAAAUGUUUAUGAAAUGUUCAAUCUUGCCUCCCGGAGUGCCAGUGGCCCUCCAUGUGGCACAAGGAUUGUUGCAGGCCGCAUUGUGAAAGAAAGCUAUGGUGCUGCCAAGCAACAGCAUACAUUUACGAUUGAAGUACUCUGGAGCAAGGGGGAGAAACCACUCCCUCCACUUCAUCCCCUUCUAAUAAAGGGACGGAACCUUUAUCGGUUGAAAACUGUAAGACAGAGAUGGGAUAAUGAAGGGAAGAGGCAUGAAAUUUUGAUGGAAAAGCACCAGAGGGGAUCCCUUGCUAGGUCUGACAGAGAAGCACGUAUAGAAGAGAAGGAAAAGAAGAAAAGGCUUAAAGCAGAUAGGAUGUCAAGAAAGGAGUCAACUAAAAACCAGUCUAACUGUAACUCAACCUUGGCACCAAAAUCAUCAUCUCAACCUAAACGGUCAGGUUUAUCAGUCAAUCCAGGAAUGCCUUAUUUUCAUACUCAAAGGUCGUCUGGUGCAUAUGCUAAUUCAAAAGUACCAGCAGAAAAAGUAGUCAAGCCAAUCAACCAAGCCUCUGAGGAAAUGGUUGAGUAUAGAACCUUGCCAGAUUGGGAAAGAAUAUACACAGAAAUUCAGGACGUUAAGCAUAUGAGUAAAGAUCCUCUUGCAGGCAGUAGACGUAUGUUCCAUUUGAAUGACAAUCAGGGUUCUGUCAAUACAUUGAGUCAUAGGCAGCCAUUGACAACGAUGAACGGUUUUCGUCCAAUUAGACAACACAGCAUGCAGCAACAGCUUUGCCGUUAUUAUGCUAAAGGUAGGUGUUAUUAUGGAGACAACUGCAAAUUUUCUCAUGGAACAAGAGAGGAACAUGGCCAAAGGACAGAACAGAGGUUGCCUCUUCACCAUACCGGUUCGAAUAAUACUCGAAUUUAAAGAUUAAUAGAGGACGUGGUUCAAAGAAAACGUGGUAACUUUUUUGAAUUUUUUACCAUAUUACUAGAAGAGAAUUGAAUUAUUGAGAAUUUAAAAAUUGGGAAUUAUUCUACUAGAGAAUGUAAAAGUCAAAGAGAAAUGGAUUUUUAAUGAUUUUUCAUUCAAAAAAAAAAAUAUAUAUAUAUAUAUAUAUA